AGUUACCGGCAUCGGACGCACGUUUUUCCCAUUUUCGCUCACAUAAACAAAACUAUUUUUAAAACCACAAUUUACACAAACAAUACGACGGGGCAGCAACACCACACCCAACGGAUCGGUAGUAAAAUGCUUUGUUCUUGUCAGCAUCCGCCACAGAAGCUCCCAGGUGCCGAAUGCGUGCUGACAAUGAUCGGCUCGUCGUCCAAUUAAUUGAAUGCACAGAACUGUGUACGCUGCAAAGAUUUAUUGGCCGCUGUCUGCCAAGAGUCGGAAAAGGGUCAGGCCACGUACACGUAUUUAAACAAGAGGCGCUACAACCCCGCCACUGAUUGACUGAUUGACUUGUUGGCAGCGGAGUGUCAGGCAGCCAAUACUCGACAGCAAAACAGAAAGAGAAGCAAGCGGCGCAUGGCCGCAAUUAGUGCGGAUGGGAACAACAAUGGACUGAUGCGAACAGUUGUUGUCGAUGUCUGCCAAAAAGCCAAAUGCAGCCGCAGAAGGAACAACAGCAGCAUGCAACAGCAGCGGCAACGGCAGCCCAGCAGCAACAAAAUAUUUGCUAAAAUUGAGCAAUUUGCUAGUGCCGCCGCGUUACGUAUACGUGAUAUUAAAAAUAAAGUACCAGCGAUUGCCCAGACCAUACCGCCGCAGCAGCUAAAUAGGCACAACAGCGGCCACAAGUUGCAGCAGGAUGAACAAACGCACCAUCAUCAUAGUGGGGAUUGUGGCCAGCCUGCUGGGCCUGGUGCUGGGUGCCAACUUCUACUUCAUGUACUACCUGAACAUCGAGGAGGGUCACCUGGCCAGCGUACGAGCUCUGGAGAAUAUGAUACGGCACAAGAUGCGUCACCUGCAUCCGGCCUACCUCAAUCGCAAUCCGCGCUUCUUUAUGUUCCGCAACAAACUCCUCAAGAACUACAAAAUGGCCCCCUAUGAGAAUGCCAGCGUGCUCUGGGACAUUGCCAAUUGGUGGCCGCAGGAGAAUGAGAUCUAUCCGUUGUACGACUCGUCGAUGGGCAGCCUGCUGGAGACGCUGCGCAAGGAGCCCAUCACGCGGGUGAACAAUCUGGCACGCGGCACUCAACUGAAGCUCCUGAUGCGCCUGUCGCAGCAGCAGAAAGUCAUCUUCAAGCCGCAGUGGUAUCCCCGCGACGAGAUCAUCGAGGGUCAAGUCUACAGCGGCAAAGAUCGGCACACGGCCGAGGUGUACGCCUUCUAUUUGGGCGCCGUGCUCGAUCUGCGCUGGACACCGAUUGUGGUGGGUCGCGUGGUCAAUCUGAAGACUGAAAUCUAUGCACAGGGUGACCAGGAGCUGCAGAGCACCAUCAGCAUCGAGGCGGAUGAGGAUGGCAAGGACAAGUAUUGCCUGUACGGCAAGUGCCACUACUGCAACGAGGAGGAGACCGUCUGCGGCGAUGACAGGCACAAUAUCGAGGGUGUGCUCAUCUACAUAGUGCCCGGCACACUGGCAAAACGUCGCUCCCCCUGGCAGCGCACCUACAAGGACGACAGGCGAGCGCCCUGGGAGGAUGAUAUGACAUAUUGCAAAUCGCUGAAGAACAAAAUGGAAACAAUUCGCCUGCUGGACCUCAUCGAUGUGGCGAUCUUUGAUUAUCUCAUACAGAACGGUGAUCGGCAUCACUACGAGACGCGUGAGGAUCGUGUGGUGCUCAUUGACAAUGGCAAGGCCUUCGGCAAUCCCAACAAGGAUCAUCUGGACAUUCUAGCACCGCUCUAUCAAUGUUGCCUUCUGCGCAAAUCCACGUGGGAUCGCCUGCAAGUAUUCUCCGGCGGCGUGCUAACCGAAUUAGUCGAUCGUUUGUCCAAGCAGGAUGCGCUGUAUCCGCUCAUUACGGACAAGCAUAAACGCGGCGUAGAACGCCGCUUGCUUGUGGUCUAUGCCGUGGUGGAAUACUGCAUGGACCUGGAGGGUGACAAAAUGUUCAAAACGCUCUAACAGCAGCUGGAUAGCCUAAGACUAAGACUAGACCAAAAUGUGCCACACAGCAACCAGCCACACGCAAGAGUGGAUGCGCGCUUCAGCUCGGGAAGCAGUGUGCCUGGCAGUCGCACAUAACAGGCUUCGGCUUGGGUGCACUAAUGACAUAUCAACGUUCAAUUAAAAGUAGAACAAAAUAGCUAGAAUAAUAGAUAGAACUUUUAAACCCGACCUUAGCAUAUCGUACAUAAUCAGUAGCUCUAGUUUAAUGCAUAAUUAUGGUUGCUAUAUUUAAUAGGAAAUAUUUUAG